GAGAGUUCAUCAUUGGUCGUGUCAUCAAGGCCAUGAACUAUAGUUGGCACCCCGACUGCUUCUGCUGUGACAUUUGCCAGGCUGUGCUUGCAGAUGUGGGCUUUGUCAAGAAUGCUGGCAGGCACCUGUGCCGGCCGUGCCAUAACCGCGAAAAAGCCAGAGGCCUGGGCAAGUACAUCUGCCAGAAGUGCCAUGCCAUCAUCGAAGAGCAGCCACUGAUCUUUCAGAACGACCCCUAUCACCCGGACCACUUCAACUGCACCAACUGCGGGAGGGAGCUGACAGCAGAUGCCAGGGAGCUGAAAGGAGAGCUCUACUGUUUGCCCUGCCACGAUAAGAUGGGUGUACCCAUCUGCGGUGCCUGCAGGAGACCUAUCGAGGGGCGUGUUGUCAAUGCCAUGGGCAAGCAGUGGCAUGUGGAGCAUUUUGUGUGUGCCAAGUGUGAAAAGCCUUUCCUCGGUCAUCGCCAUUAUGAGAGAAAAGGGCUGGCAUACUGCGAGACUCAUUAUAACCAGCUCUUCGGUGAUGUGUGUUAUCACUGCAACCGUGUGAUUGAAGGCGAUGUUGUGUCCGCUCUCAACAAGGCCUGGUGUGUCAGCUGUUUCUCAUGCUCCACCUGCAACACCAAACUCACUCUCAAGAACAAGUUUGUUGAGUUUGACAUGAAGCCUGUUUGUAAAAAGUGCUAUGAGAAGUUUCCUCUGGAGCUCAAGAAAAGGCUCAAGAAGCUGGCAGAGUCCAAAUGAGCUGCUUCAGGCCAAACAACCUGGAUGUUUUUGUCUGUGAUGUAUGUGGUGGUAAAAUAUCCAGGGGAACUACUGCUUAACAACACAAGAGCCUGGCAUUUAAUCGGUACAUAAAUAUUAGAAACUUAAACCAUUGUGGUCGUUACAUAAAUGUGCUUCAUUAAUGUGCUUUUUAGCUUUUUCUUUUUUCUUUUUUUUUUUUUUUUAAAUACAUUCCUAAAUUAGCCAAAGUGAUCAUUUUCUUGUAAGGUAGAAAAAUACAAGGAACAAAAUUUGAUCUUUACACUUGUGCCUUUAAUAUUUGAACAUGUAAUAUGACUAUAAUGUGGUGCUAUGCUUUCCUAUAUUUGUUUUAACGAGUGUGAGUCAUUAGAAGGGGACCAUUGUGUUCCUCAGAGUAUUGUAACAGUGCCUCUUUUUGGGGGGGAAAACAAAAUCUUAAAUGAGCUGUUAUUUUUGGGAGCUAGUAGCAAUUUUCAUCAUUAUGUGUUAAUGAAACUGCAUUGGGACAAACAGCUGUAUAGUCUCUGGCACCACCCCUGUACCAGCCCGGCAGGCUAUUCAGAGAAUUAUUACAUGACUAAAACUGGGCCUUUGGGAGAAAUGGGAACAGCAGAGGGUGCUGCUACUACAGAAUCCGAGCCUUGUCUUUUAAAGUGUUGUCAGCACGCUCUCUAUGCCUUCAUUGUGUGUGUGGCUGUGUAAGGUUGUUCGUACGGUAAAUGUUCAUCACAUAUAUUUUUUUCUACAGACAAAUUAACAUUUUGCGUCUUCCUGUGAAAAACUCUUCAAAGGAUUUCAGAUGAAAUGACCCUUCAGCUGAAUAUUUAACCUGCUUUGUUUAAAAUAUUUUGCCGUGUCAGCAUUUUGCUGGCAACAGCAAAUCUUUUUAGAAAAAUUAAGUGCCACACAACAAACUGCAUUUGUUAGAAUGAUGAAAUACUUUGGGGGG